GAGACUCAUCAGAAAUAGAAAUACCCAAAGUGAAUGCCGACGAGAGAGCCCUCACUCAUUUCAACACCCCAACAGAAGCAAAUUUUAGAGAGAGAAUUUUCAGAGAGAGAGAGAGAGAGAGAGAGAGAGAGAGAGAGAGAGAGAGAGAGAGAGAGAGAGAGAUGAAUGGUAUGGAUCACGGCCAUGGCAUGGGUGGCAUGGAAUCACCGCCGCCACUAUCGUCAUCCAUGACGAACGGCACGAUGAUGAUGCACAUGACCUUCUUUUGGGGCACAAAGGCGGAAGUCCUCUUCUCCAAAUGGCCAGGCACAAACACUGGUAUGUAUUACGUAUCCCUACUCUUUGUCUUUGCCCUAGCGGUCCUCGUCGAGUGGCUCUCCCACUGCCGUCUGAUCAGGGCCGGCGGAAGCGACGUCGUUUGUGGACUGGCUCAGACUCUUUUGCAUGCAGUUAGGGUUGGGUUGGCUUAUUUGGUGAUGUUGGCGGUCAUGUCGUUUAAUGCUGGGGUGUUUCUUGUGGCGGUGGCCGGGCAUACUGUCGGGUUUUUGCUUUUUGGGAGUAGGGUUUUUAAGAAGAAAUCGGAUGUUGAUGAUAAGGGUUCUGAUCUUCCUCCAAUGAGUUGUUGAUUAUGUAUUUUAUUUAUGGAAUUAAUUAGGGCAUAUUGGGUUUUGAAUUUUUUUACUUGAAUUAAAUUGUUUUCCAGAUUAUGAUA